GCCUGCGUGCGUGAAUUGCCCCGUGGGCACGGCUAGGGGCGGGGUCUGUGCUGCUCGGGAGGUUUCGUGCGGGUCUGGCGUGCUGCUACAGCCGGUGGGCGACAUCAACACAACUUUAACAUCAACACAACUUUAACAUCAACACAACAACUUGAACAGCGACGUGAAACAUUAACAGCGGCGGCGACCACUUCAACGCGGACGUCAUCAACAUUCACUUUCAGCGACGACGACAUCGUCAUCAUCAUCAUCGACACGGACGCUGCACCAUCAUCGCCAACAUCAACACAUCGGCAGAAAUAAACAUCGAGCCACAACUCCCGACGGCGAGAAGAGAAGGGCAGCCAUAAGAAAAGCGCCUGCAAGUAACAGUGACCGCUGUAGCCGUGCUUUCCCUUGUUGGACAAACGCACUCCAGACCAGCGGCUGCUGCGUGAUUUGAGCGAGAACUUGGAUUUGAGUUGGCAGCGCGACUUUAGCGAGUACCCUGAAGUGUUCGAAUGCCUAAAAUGAGCGAGUGUCAAAAUUAUAUCGAGCAACUUGAGUCAAUACCUCCGUAAUAGAGUACCCCACCCCCCCCCAUCCACUAAUUGAGUGCAUGGUGUGAGUAACUCUUAAGUUAUUCUAAGUGACUUCAGCGUUUUGAGUGACCAACCUAAAAAAUGAGAGAGCGUGCGUGUGUAUAUAUAAAACUGAUUAGGUAAUUGCGUGGCCGAGGGGGAAAAGAGACGGAAUCCCACCCCCGCCGUGUCGAAAGUAUCCAAGUGUCUCCCGAUUUGAGGUAGCUGUCCUCUUCCGAAGUUGAGCGGGAGCACCUUUUUGGAGUAGUCGGGAGUAUCACGCUCCGCGUUUAAGCAUCUUUAAAGCGAGUCGUUAAAGCGUCUUUAAAGCGAGUCGUUGAAGCAUCUUUAAAGCGAGUCGUUGAGGCAUCUUUAAAGCGAGUCGUUGAGGCAUCUUUAAAGCGAGUCGUUGAGGCAUCUUUAAAGCGAGUCGUUGAGGCAUCUUUAAAGCGAGUCGUUGAGGCAUCUUUAAAGCGAGUCGUUGAAGCAUCUUUAAAGCGAGUCGUUGAAGCAUCUUUAAAGCGAGUCGUUGAAGCGUCUUUAAAGCGAGUCGUUGAGGCAUCUUUAAAGCGAGUCGUUGAGGCAUCUUUAAAGCGAGUCGUUGAAGCAUUUUUAAAGCGAGUCGUUGAGGCAUCUUUAAAGCGAGUCGUUGAAGCAUCUUUAAAGCGAGUCGUUGAGGCAUCUUUAAAGCGAGUCGUUGAGGCAUCUUUAAAGCGAGUCGUUGAAGCAUCUUUAAAGCGAGUCGUUGAGGCAUCUUUAAAGCGAGUCGUUGAGGCAUCUUUAAAGCGAGUCGUUGAGGCAUCUUUAAAGCGAGUCGUUACAACCAAGCGCCGUCGCCUUCCGUGCCCGUUCGCACCCCGCCCCCGUGGCCCGUCAAAUGCCGCGAUGAGCCAUCACCGCGACGCCGAGGCGGACGGGGAGACGUUCAUGGACAGCGGGAGGCCGGGGAGCGUGGUGUGCGAGCCCGAGGAGCGCCACUACAUCCCCGUGCGGGUGCUGGGUCGGGGCGCCUUCGGAGAGGCCGCGCUCUACCGCCGCAACGAGGACAACUCGCUGGUGGUGUGGAAGGAGAUUGACCUCACACGACUGAGUGACAAGGAGCGGCGCGACUCCCAGAACGAGAUCGAUAUUCUGUCCCUGCUGGAGCAUGCCAACAUCAUCUCCUACUACAACCAUUUCCUCGACGGCAAUGUCCUACUCAUCGAGCUGGAGUAUUGCAACGGUGGCACAUUGUAUGAGAAAAUCAUAAAGCAACAUGGAGCAUUUUUCCCAGAAAAGGACAUCGUGUGGUAUUUUUACCAACUUGUGUCUGCAGUGGAGCAGAUCCACAACUUCAAAAUUCUUCACAGGGACAUAAAGACACUGAACAUUUUCCUUACCAAAUCGGACCUGAUCAAGGUCGGCGACUUUGGCAUUUCAAAGAUUCUGGACUCAAGGAGUCAAAUGGCAGAGAGCUACGUGGGGACCCCCUACUACAUGUCUCCGGAGCUGAUCCGUGGAGACAAAUACAACACCAAGUCGGACAUCUGGGCCAUGGGCUGUGUGCUCUAUGAGCUGCUCACGCUCACCCGCACCUUCGAUGCCACUAACCCGCUGAAGCUGUGCUAUGAGAUCAUUCACGGCAAGAAACAGGUGGAAAUCGAUGACCAGUACUCGAAGGAGAUCAAGGAAGUUGUACAGAAGUGUCUGCAACAGGACGCGGAGCAGAGGCCUACGGCUGAGGAUCUGCUGGAGCUGUCGCCCAUCAAGACGCGUAGGAGGGAAAUGGAGAAAAAUGUUUGGCGGCUAAACGAGCCUGCAAGACGCAUAAGGAGCGAUAAUGCGGAGGCGGUGCCGGUGGUGACUGCUCGGUCGAGCGAUGUCUACUACUGGGGCGGUGGCAAGCGCACGCCGCAGAUGCUGGACCAGUUUCGUGGCGGGUACAGCGCACUGCGGGUGUGCGCCAGCAACACCCACUUUGCAGCAGUCACCGUUGAGAAGGAGCUGUACACCUGGGCGAAUGUGCAGGGCGGCACCAAGAUGGUGGGGCAGCUGGGACACAAGGACAAGGCAUCGUACCGGCAGCCCAAGCGCGUCGACAAGCUGUUGGGCCUCGCUGUGCGACAGGUGGCGUGCGGGGAUGAAUUCACAGUCUGUCUCACAGAGCAGGGCGAAGUGUUCAGCUUCGGCUCCGACUACUACGGCUGCAUGGGCUGCAACGGGGAGCUGGGUGUGGAGGUGCUCGAGCCGAUGCCCGUGCAGUUCUUCAACAUCAACCCUGUGACGCAGAUCUCGUGUGGAGACUGCCACGUCAUGGCGCUCACGCGGUCGGGCGCCGUUUACGCGUGGGGCUGCGGCGAGUAUGGCCGAUUGGGAUUGGAGACUGAUGCCACGGAGUUCUACCCUAAACGAGUGCCGCUGUCGAACCGGUGGAAGAUCACGGAGGUGUGCUGCGGCACGGAUGGCACGUUCUUCCUGACAGCGCAGGGCAAGGUGUUGGCGUGCGGCAACAACGAGUUUAACAAGCUGGGCCUCAACCAGUGCACGUCGGGCCUUCGCAACCGCGAGACCUCCGUCUUCCACGAGGUGAUAAUGAAGUUGAUGCCAACACUGGUGAAGCAGCUGUCUAUCUACAAGAUCCGUAGCAUCUCCGGCGGCAAGACGCACAGCGCCGUUAUUGACGUGUGCGGACGUCUGCUUACGUUCGGGCACAAUAAGCACGGGCAGCUGGGCACGGGCGACUUCAAGAAGCACCUGGGCAUCGUUCUGCACAAGGGGCCCCUCGUCGGCAAGCUCAUCACCAUGGUGUCCUGCGGGGAUGGCUUCACAAUUGCCGCCACGGAAGACAACCACAUCUACGCGUGGGGAAACACGGACAACGGCCGGCUGGGGGUGAUGCCCUCGGAGAAGCCAGGGAACAGCCCGCUGGCAUUGCCACGGCCCAUCUUCGGCUCGCUGCACGUCGUCUCCGACCUGUCGUGCCGCGGGUGGCACACCAUCCUCAUCGCAGAAAAAGUGUUGACUUCGAAGACCAUCCGAUCAGGGGGGAACUUUUCAGCCAGAUCAAUCCCACGGAGUUCCCUGGGCGAGACGGAGGAUGAGUCCGGGUACGAUGAGGACAGCGCCAAGAGCCAAUUCGACCCUCCCACUUACGAGGAGUCUGAAAGCAGCACGGCUGGCAGCUCCUGUCCCGAGUGGUUGCGAAGGGAACUGGAAGAAGCAGAAUUCAUCCCAAUGGCUGGGGAGUCGCAGGGCAGCGCGUCUCGCCGGGGUCUGCCGCCCAACGUGCCCCCUUCCCUCGCCGGGGUCCCCAAAGUGCCCAGCCUGGAGCUCGGAUCGCUGGGAGACUCGGGGGGCAUGGAGCGGGGCGGUGCGCAUGAUCGCCGUACCUCGUACGCCGCUGCCGCCCCGGCGCGUCGUGUCUCCCAGGGCCUCGGCGGCGGCGGCGGCGGCGGCGGCGGCGCCGGUGGCGCGGGCGCCGAGGCGGCGGCGGCGGCGGCGGCGCCGGCCGGGGAGGUGGCGCACCUGCGCGACACGGUGCGGCAGCUGCUGGCCGAGGCGCAGAAGGCACGCGCAGAAAGCGGGCAGCUUCGCGAGGAGGUGCACGCCCUGCGCUCCGAGGUGGCGCGGCUGCGAGUGCCGUCCGCGGGCGGCGAGGUGCGGAGCCUGCGGGCCGAGGUCGCCAACCUGCAGGCGGCGGCGGCGUCGGCGGCGGCGUCGGCGUCGCCGGCGUCGCUGUUCGAUCCACGCCUCGCCGCUGAGGUGCAGGAGUUGAGGGACGAGCAGGGUGCGCUGCGGGCUACCGUCGGCCGCCUCGAGACCGACGUCAAGAAUCUUCAGACGAAAUUGAGGCAGCUGGAGACGAGGGGAGCCGACUCUGCAGAGGAGCAGCCGCGAGGGACCGGCGACGGGCAGAGCCGCGACGCCGAGGGGUGCGACCGUGCGGCCGACGAAUAGCGAGGGGGAGGAGGAGGAGGAAGAGGAGGAGGGGGAGGAGGAAGAGGGCGCCUCCUCGCCGUGCCCCCCUCCCUUGCCAAAGCCAUCCAUACUCCACGGCCCGUGUUGACUGGGCACACUCAUUUUGGCCUCAUUCUUGUAUUUUAAUGAGAAUGUUCACAAGCGUGCCUCCCCUUUCCCUCCCCUCCGCAUUCAAAUUCACUCCCAACCCAACACAGCCCACCACCCCCCCCCCCCCCCAAAGUGAAUGAAUAAAUAAAACGUAUUUCGGAAAAAAAGCCUCAAGCCUACGAAGACACGUAGCCAUGUCAGCAUAUCAUGCCGUCGCUCACUUGUGAAAAUGGUGAUGACUGUAGAUGAUAACUGAUCGUGAAGUAUUUUUUGAAAUUGCAAGGGAUGUGUUAAUCCCACUCGGAUGGUCUCCCGUGCCCUUGACUGGGGGUCGUUCCAACACGGCCAGUUUUAUACUGUUUGAAAGUGACUUGGUCAAACAAUUGGUGCAAUUAUGCGUACGAGCAUAAGCUUUACUCGAGGAGAUAAUGACUUCGUUAAGGGCUUUGUACAUUCUUUUGAGCUCUACCUACAUGCAGUAAUCGGAGUGUGUUUAAUAUUGUAUGAAAUACAUGCGCUAGCUCAGUCUUUUCUCAGACAUAUGCAAUAACAACAUUUAUUGGUUUUCAUGUAAUGUAUUGUAAACAAAUUGCAUGUGCAUACGAAAUUCUUCCUUUUAAAUACAAUAAAGAGAUAAAGUUGACAUUC